AUGGGAAACCGGGACGACGAAUACGACCUAUCAUAUUCCAAAGUUUGCAUUGUUAACGUUGUCUGUGUUUUGGUGCCAGUGGUGCUGAUUGGAGACUCUGGUGUUGGAAAGAGUAACCUGCUGUCCCGUUUCACACGGAAUGAGUUCAACCUGGAGAGCAAAAGCACCAUCGGUGUGGAGUUUGCCACCCGCAGCAUCCAGGUGGAUGGCAAGACGAUAAAGGCCCAGAUCUGGGAUACAGCUGGACAGGAGCGCUACCGAGCCAUCACCUCAGCGUACUACCGGGGGGCGGUCGGCGCUCUCCUAGUUUAUGACAUUGCCAAGCAUCUGACCUAUGAAAAUGUGGAGCGAUGGCUGAAGGAGCUCCGGGACCACGCCGAUAAUAACAUCGUCAUCAUGCUGGUGGGCAACAAGAGUGACCUGCGCCACCUCAGGGCUGUGCCCACAGACGAGGCUCGCGCAUUUGCAGAGAAGAACACACUAUCAUUUAUUGAGACAUCCGCUUUGGACUCCACUAAUGUAGAAGAGGCAUUCAAAAACAUCCUCACAGAAAUCCACCGAAUUGUUUCACAGAAGCAGAUUGCUGACAGAUCAGCACAUGAAGAAUCUCCAGGCAACAAUGUAGUGGAUAUCAGUGUCCCUCCCACCACCGAUGGGCAGAAAAACAAACUACCCUGCUGCCAAAGCCUGUGACUUUCGAUGCUACCCUCCCACCUAAACCCUUCAUUUGGUUCAUCUCUGCUUUUCUCCUGGAUGUAAUGCUGCUUCUCUCUCUUCCUCUACUGUUUUAAGUCUCCGGACACUGAGACUCUUUAGAUAACAUUCCGUUUUCUCCUGUCCUUUGUGUCUGUAUGCUAUCUUCUAUCCUCAGUCUGUGUCUUUUUACUAUUUGAUAUUCAGGCUUUGAUCAUGUGACCCAGGCCUCUAGAAAGGAAUGGUGAGGGAUCAGUUUGUCCUGAACUUCUGGUUGCCUCAUUGUUGUCCCGCUCAAUCCCUGUUCUGAAUGUGGCAUAAAAGGAUCAUAAGCAGGGACCUGGGCAAGUGAAUGAACUGAACUGUUUUCAGAAAAUUCAGUUUAUUGUUGAAUCCUGUGGUUCACAAUUAUACCAAAGUGUGGCUGCAAUCAUUAUCAGUCUGAAAUAAUCUCAUCUAAAGGGUUAAGCUUUGCGGAGGGCCAUUAGUCCAAUUGGACUUUUCCAAUAACUAAAUAUGCUUGUUAUUAGCGUUGGCUACUUUUCUCAUCGUGCUUCGUAAAUACCGUGAACUGAUUUUUUAAAUCUGAAUAGAACUUAAAGGAAAAGUGAUGCCGCUUUUGUUCUGCCAAUCAUUUCAAUGGAACUCGCCAUGUAAGUGCUGGGGGGCUGCUAUAAACACUUAGUACCUAAAGUAGAGGUUGCCUAAUUGCUUCACUCUAGUAAAACCUAAAAAACAAUUGACAGUAGGAUUUAACAAAGGUGUUUAAUUGACUUGGAACAAAUGUUUGUUUGGUCUUCCCCUUCUAGUAAAAUUGCCUUUUAGGAGGGCGGUCACUAGGUUACACCAUGCAUCUUUUUUUUUUAUAUCUAACCAAAUUUGUGAUUUACUCAGAACAGUAUGAAUUCAAGUAUUAUAGUUAAAUACUGGAACUUUUAGUGUAUAGUUAUACUGUACAUGUUAACAUUAUUGACACUUAAUACAGAAAUGCGUAUUCAUUGUCAUGUCUUUCAGUAGGAUAUUUCUCAAAUAGGGAGUGCAAUUUGAGACUUGUUUACUAGACUUUAAAGGAUUGAAUAAACCAAUGCAGAAAGAGUGCACUGAAAUGGUAGACUUAAAGCAAUAGUUACAUUUUUGAAAGUCGUGGUAACUGCGUGGUCACGAGAAAAUGUUUUCAUUAACUAUUGUCAAGUACAUUGUAACUUUGCUAAAAUGUCAAUGUGAAUAGUUUAUUUUAUACUAUAUCCAUGAAGAAAAAUAAUCAACUUGAUUUAUUUACACAAUUAAAUAUUUCCCCAUAUUAAACUACCAUCACACAGUCA